AAUUGCCCGCGGACUCUUGAUUGAAACGGUCGUCGUCUCUCUUUUUCGUUGAGUGGCGGCACUCGGAAGUCUGUGCAAACGCGGGAAUAUUCCUUUGGCUUAGCUGAUCCUGGAUUGAAUGUCGGUCGAUUAACGUUUAAUUUUAGUGGCGAAAUCUACUUUCUUGGCAAUUGGCCAAGAUCCGCGUAGUGGAGUUUAUUGUACCGCAGAUGCUGCAAAUUACACUCAAACACACACUUACACAUGGGAAAAACAACUGUUACGCCUACGCAGCAGCAACAACAAUAACAUAGAGAGAGAGAAUUAGAAGCCAGAGCAGCAACAAUUUUCCACCCAGUUUCUGGAGGGGAGGGAAAAUAACUGUUUCAACAACAGUCUUUCGGGAUUAAGUAGCGUCUCAAAAUGGCUUGCACAUGCGAAGUAAUUGGCCUUGCCUGCGUGGUGGCCUUGAUCCUGAGUGCUUCGGCCAAAGCUCCUUAUCAGAUGCGCAUGAUGUUUAUAUUCUUUGGAGCGGGUGUUAUAGUCUUGAUUUGUGUGCCUUUUAUGAUCCUGCGACCGAGGGACUACCGAAAUGCUUUCUUCCCGUCAUGGUGCUUCCGGCAGCUGUGCCGUCUAAUGGGUAUAACCAUGGAAGUUCGGGGUCUGGAAAACGUCCGUAAGGACCACGGCGCUGUUGUGAUCAUGAAUCACCAGAGUGCGAUCGAUCUGUGCGUGCUGGCCUACCUCUGGCCGGUGAUCGGAAGGGCCACUGUGGUGUCCAAGAAGGAGGUUCUAUACAUCCCGUUCUUUGGCAUUGGAGCUUGGCUCUGGGGAACUCUCUAUAUCAAUCGGUCCCGGAAGACCGACUCGAUCAACUCGCUGCAGAAGGAGGCCAAGGCGAUACAGGAGCGCAACUGCAAGCUCCUACUCUUCCCGGAGGGCACACGCAACUCCAAGGACUCGCUGCUGCCCUUCAAGAAGGGCUCGUUCCACAUCGCUCUCCAGGGCAAUAGCCCCAUCCAGCCAGUGGUCAUAUCGAAGUACUCAUUUAUGGACGAUGAGAAAAAGACUUUCCGUCCGGGCCAUGCCCUAAUCCACAUCCUUCCGGAGGUGUCCACCGAGAAGUACAAAAAAGAAAGCAUUCAGGAGCUAAUCGACGAAUGCCAGUCCAUCAUGCAGACGGAGUACACGAAGCUGAGCAAAGAAGGCCUAGCCUUGAGCUCCAAGAAGCAGGCAUAGAGUCGAUAGGCUACGAUUUAACCUAGGUUACAUGAAAAUAACACCCAGAUAUACACACCAGUUCCUGCUUGAGGAUUUAAUUUAUGUCCGAUCUACAAGACAUGCAAGAGCGUGAUUGAGAAGAAUCAAAACCAAUGAAACGCGGAUAUUUAACGGACAAAAAACCAUUUGCCUAGUAUUAAGCUACACAAAAUUCAUUCAUGUUUUACCUCCAGUACAUGCAUAUGUAUACACCGAGCUUUUUUUGACAACAAGAACCAACAGAAGACACUUUUACAAACGUUUUUAGCUUUAUGUGGUUAAUAUACUGACUUAUAUGUGAAGAAUGAAAUAUUUAAUAAAACGUUUUGCACUGAAAA